AUGAUGCUUUCCCAAGGAUUUCCGGCCACUUUUUUGGUGAUUUGGUGUGUCCAAGCCACCCUGGCCCUGGGUUUGUCGUUGCUGGGGUGUCCUUCAGAUGCGGCCCAGAGAUCUGCAUCGCAAAAACGGAUGGAACGGCUGUUCUUGAACUUGAGGGAACGUGGACCCGGGGGACCCCGACGGAGACCUGAAGAACCCAGUGAUGAAGAACUCUACUCCUGGCUAUCGAUGCUGAUGGACGAAAAUUCUGGAACUUCGGGUCUGAUUCAUGAGCCGACCGAAGCGACCGGUUACGCCACCUCCCAUCAUCCCUUACCAUGCGCACCGGGAAUUUUCACCACCGAACUCCUACAGUUCCUGUGGAUGUGGAAGACACAAUCUGCUACGGAAGAGGUGAAGCAGUUGGUCACACAAAGUGAUCGACACUGGGCGUUUCUACGCAUCAGCCCCUGGAUGAACGUCUUGAAGUUGGGAUAUGGAUCUACCUUUGCAGCAGGCCACGAACUCUGCACCUUGGUCCCAGCACCUCCUGAAGCAAUGGAUCUGGAAAGCGCUGCCAGGCGGUUUCAUGCUGCGUGGCCGGGGUCAACCACGACGGAGGCCACGAUCUUCAAACAGUUCCACGUCUUGACCGCCGUCGACUACCGCAGCUGCGCGAGCCGAGGCCGUCGCUGUCAGCGCUGGCUGCAUCGCCGCUUCGUGGAGUUGGCCCUACGGCAGCCCUUCGCCUGCGGCGUGGUCUGCCGCUAUGCCGCGGCCUUCGCGUACUUGGCCCAAGCGCUGACAGACAACAGGGGCAGAAGGAGAUGGUUGAGGAAAUGGUCCGAAGAUCAAGAAAAAUUGGUAGAGGAUGCUCAGGCGCAAAUCCUAUUGGCGGAUGGCAUUUUCUAUACACUGCUGGGGCCACAACAGGUGCAAUUGACCUGUUCCUUGACGCGAAGCUUUCCAAUUUUCAGCUUGCUGGCACGACUGGCCGGGAUUCCAAUGUCUUUGGGAGAUUCCAAUUCCAAUCCGAGAGAUGAAACUGCCACAAAUCCAACACUGAAGGUGCCCAAUCAGCCACCACCACCAACUUUGGCCAAACUCUGUGAUCUAAUCGACCAGUGGCCGCCACUUCAAAGGUUGACUGCUCAAGGUGCAAUGGCUGUAUAUUCCAUGCUACAAAGUCUUGGAAGUUUGUUGGAUGAGUUCCAAAUCAAAUGGUGGAUGUCUUCUGGAGCUUUGUUGGGUACGCUGCGAAAUGGUGGCAUGUUGCCCCAAGAUUGUGAUGUGGAUAUAGCCAUCUGGCGACCAGAUGCUCAUGAAAUGUUAUCUCCCAAGUUCCAAGCUGCACUGGCUGCAGCGGGGCUGGUGUCGUUUCAUAUGCCUAUCUAUUUCCAGUACCGUUUCUGCUUGGUGCAAGUCCCGGCAGCAGCAGAUCCCCGCAGCGUCCAGGGCGGCUUGGCCUGUCAUCUGCCCUAUGUGGAUGCACACCUGGCUGAUGUCGCGGAAGAGGGUCGCUGGCAUUACAUUCAUCGUACUGACCUGCAAUAUGCCCACAGUUUUCCCUUGAAAGGCAUCUUGGGCUCCCAGAAGAGGGACCUGCGUCAACGGCGCUUCUUUGGGGAUGCGAAGGUGUGGAUUCCAAACCUGCCGCAGAGCGAGGAAUAUUUGAACAAAGUCUACGGAGAAGAUUGGAGGAAAGUCCUGCGCGGGCGUCGUGGAGCAAUGAUCCAUAACCUCAGCGCGGGCGAGAGCUUUUGGGGAAUGAUCGCGCGACCCACUGGCCCCCUACGGGAUGUCAUUCGAGAGCAAAAACUAAUCGGAAACUUAUUGCCCGGAGCUGCUGUGACCUGCAGCCAUGACUGCGACCAUGACUGA